AUGCAUAAAAAUAGUUUCACAAUUAAUGAAUCACAUCUAAAAAAUAAUAGUAGCUUUUUAAAUGAUACAAAAGCUUUUUACUCAAAUGAAGAAUGUAAAUACAAUAGUGAACAUAAUUCUCUUCUCAAAAAUAAAAACAUGGAAAAUAUUCCAUUAAAUAGAAACAUUUUUCAAACUAUAAAUACUGAAGAAAGAAAUGAUACUUCAAUAAGUAAAGAUAUAAUAUUAGAAAAAUGUAAUAACAUUGAUUUAAAUGAUAAAAAAUUAAAAAAACAUGAGAAUUCGUAUGAUAUAAUAGAAAGCAAUAAAAAUAUUAACAAAUGCUAUUAUAAACCUACAUUUUCUCAAAAUUCCUCAAAUUCAAAAAAUAACAAUAAUAAUAUGAAUGAAGAAGAAACUACAAAUGAAAAAAAAAAUAGUUGCGAACAUUUUCCUUUUGAUAUAAAUGAAGAUAACAAUUCAAUGUCUGCUAAUAAAGCAGCAUAUAAUAAAUUAUACAAAAACAAUAAUAUAAAUAAUAGUCGUAAUAAUGAUAAUAAUAAAAAGGAUAAUGAAAAUAAAAAUAAUUAUGAAAAGGAAAUUAAAAUAAAAAAUGAAAUUAAAUAUUCAAGUAACGAAAAUAUACAUAUUAAUAAUGAUGUGAAUGAUAAGAGAUAUUGUAAAGAGUUAACUAAUGAAAAUAAUGAUUUAAUAUUAAAAAAUUCAUUUAUAAAAAGUAAUAAUGUUAAUAGUAUUGAUAAUUUAUAUGCAUGUAAAAACGAAUAUGAAAAGAAAAAUACAACAAAUGUAAGUUUUCUCAAUUAUGAUUCAAAUAGCUAUUCAGAUAUUUUUCCUUAUAAUCUAAUAGAUAAUAAAAAUUCUAAUGCGUUUUUCCCAAUAAAAAUAGAAUAUCAAAAUGAAAAAAUAGAAAAUAGUAAUAAUAAUAAUAAUAAAAAUAAUAACAAUUUAACAGGAAUAAGUAGUUAUGAAACAGUUAGUUCUAUUGGUGAAAAACAUCUUUUUAAUCUUGAUAAAAGUAGAAAUAAUAAUACUACAAAUAAUUUUGAGAAAAAAAAAAUCAUACAUGAAAAUAAUAAUAAUAUUAAUUUUAAAAAUGAUAAUACACUUGACAAAUGUAAUAAUAUAAAUCAAUAUUUCAAUUAUUUUAAUAAUAAUAACAAUGAUAUUAUUAUCUAUGAUAACAAUAACAAUGAAAAUAUAAAAAAUUAUAAUGAUGAUAAAACAAAGAAUGAUCAUAAUAAUGAGAUAAAGGAGCAAGAAUUCCUUGAAGCUAACAGUGAUAUGAAUGUCGAAAAUUUAAAUGAUUUAAUUAGAAAUAAUAGCUUUAUAAACAACAAUGGAAUUCAAAAUGAUAAUAAAUUAUCUAUAAAAAAUAAUGUUAAUGAUAUUUACGAAAAUGUAGAUAAUGAUAGACUCCCAAAUAAUAAUGAUUAUAAAAUAAUAAUAGAAAAAAAUAAUAUGAAGAUGAAAAGUUUCAAGGAAAAAGAUUUAGCUGUUAAAAAUAAUAACAUAAAUUGUGAAAAAAAUAAUUAUAUAUAUGAUGAUGAUAAUAAUAAUAAUAAUAAUGAAGAAAUAAUUACACUAAAUGAUACCUAUAUAUAUAAACAACAUAGUGAAAAUAAUGCAAGUGAAAAUAGAAUAAAUUGUAUACAAGCUAAAGAAGAACUAGAUAAUUCAAAUUAUGAAAAUGAAUAUAUAAAUUCAAUAAAUAUAAAUAAUAAUAGCAACAAUAAAAUGUUUAAAAAUGGUGAUUAUAGGAAUAAAGUUAUGGGUAAUGAGUAUAUGUUAAAUUUAUAUCAAAUUAAUAAUAAUGUAGAUAAUGAAAAUAAUAAAAGUUGUGUUGGUUCUUAUAAUAAUGAAAAUAACUUAUUUAUAUCAAAAAACGAUGAUUAUAAUAUUAAUGAGAAUAACUUAAAUACUUCUGAUAGUGCAAAUAAUAUUAAUCAAACUAAAACAAAAAAAUAUAAAAGAAAAACAAAAAUGAAGAUGAAAAUAGAAAAGAAAAAAAAAAAAAAAAAAAAAAAAAAAAAAAUUCCAGGUAGAAUAUACAAAGUAGUUGUAAGGGGAAAGGAAUGCUGGAGAGCUGAAUGGCACAUUGAUAAAAAUGAUAAUCUAAAAAACAAAAAUGAAGAGAAUAGCAACAUAUCUAAUGAAAAUAUGAGCAUGAAUUCAUAUGAUAAUGAGAAAAUUAAUAAUAAUGACUUACAGAAUAAAAAAGAAAAUAAAAAUAAUAAUCUAAAAAAAAAAAGUAAACAAUUUUCCGUUUCUGUAUAUGGUUAUGAGAAUGCUAGAUUAUUUGCAUUAUUUGAAUUAAUUAAGUAUAAUUGCGUUCCUAAUAGUUUAAAAGAAGAGGCAAAUAUAUGUAUACAUAAUAUAAAAAAAAAUUUAUUAAACUCAGAAAAAGCUUCUAAUAAAUUAUUAGAUGGACAAUUUUUACAAUUUUUAUUAACUGAUGAAAAUAAUGAAUAUUCUUCUUUAUUUUAUAAAAAAUUAGAAAAUAAUAUUAUUCAAAAUUUUAAUAAAUAUAAUAGCUAUAAUGAUGAUAAUGAGUAUAAUCAACUUAUGAAGGAAAAAAUAGAAAAUUUUAAUAAAUUACUUUUUUUUAACAAUAAUAAUUAUUAUAAUAAGUAUAAUUAUAUGAAUAAAUAUAACAAUCUAUAUAACACUAAUAAUUCUCCUAUUCAAAACUUAAAUAACUUAAUUUAUAACAUAAAUCCUUAUGACUACAGCUCAAAUAGUGUUGCAAAUAAAUAUGUAUCAGAUAAUAAUAUAAUGACACAUAUACAUAGUAAUGCAAAUCCUUUUUAUAAUAUUUUAGAUGAAGAAAGAAAAAUAGUAGAAAAAGAUAUAAUAUAUGAUAAUAAUAAAGAUGAUUGUUUAAAUAAAAACAAUUUUUUUAAAGGUAUAUUAGAUAAUAGUGAAGCAAAAACAAAUAAUAAUAACUAUGAUUCUAAUUUAUUAUUUGAUUGUCAUAAUAACAGUUACCUUAACAAUCAUAUAAGUAAUCAAAAUGAUUUACAAAAUUUACAAAACGACCUAAAUAAUAAUUCUUUAAUUUCUAGAAAUUUUUUAUACUCGAAUAUACAUAAUGAAAACAUGAAAAUCAAUCCUAACUAUCCAAACAAAAUAUUAAACCAUAAUCUUAUUGUUAAUUCUAAUUCAACUUAUAAUUCAUAUAAAAAUAGUAAUUUUAAUAUGAAUAAAAUCAAUAAUAUAAACAACUCUCUUAUCAAUAACAAGCAAUUUAAUACUCAUAAGGAUAAUAGCAAUGAUAAUUGUAACUUUCACAACUAUUUAGAAAUUAGAGAAAAUAAUAAAACAGAAAUCAAUGAAUUUGAAAAUAAAAAUGAAGUUAAUAAAAACUUUGAAAAUAUAAUUAAAAAUAUUUUUCUUCAAAAUGGGAAAAUUGAACAAAAUAAUGAUAAUAUUCAUUACAAUAAUUUACACAAUUUAAAGAAUGAAAAUUUAAAUAAUUAA